AUGGAGACUAUCAACGUGGAUGUUCUGGUCUGCGGGGGAGGAAUGUCUGAGAUGGCAUGUACUGCUUUCGCAACAGAAGCAGGAGCUAAAACAUUGGUAGCCGAGAAACAAACAGAGAUUGGUGGCUCAUCGAAUUACUCCGCGGGAAUGUACUGGGGAUCCCAAACAUAUGAUAAGCUGAGAUAUUGGGUCCCAGCAGGAGACGUUACUCUACAAAAAGCAUGGAUGAAAGAUUACCUGCCGGCAGUGCAGUGGAUGCGUGACAAUGUCACAGUGGGUAACAAAAUAUCCAACCUUCACGAUCUCCAUCAAAAUCGUAUCAGGUCGAGCAAAGCAAAUGCGCUUUUCACAAACACCUCGGUGCUUAGGCUAAUUCAGAAAGAGCCUGGGUUGCCUGGAUCGACUGCGAUAGGUGCCAUCACUUGUCAGAAUACACCCAAUUCACCAUCUACAUACUAUGAAGUUCAAGCUAAAUUGGUCGUCUUGGCCACUAGUGGAUUCCAAGGUUCUCCAGAUAUUACAUCAAAGUAUCUAGGACAAGGCGGAGACAACAUCGUGCGCCCCAAUCGUGGCUUGGUGGGUGAUGGGCUCAAUAUGGUCAUUGAAUUUGGUGCCGGAGCUAACAGAGGUAUGAAUACCUGUUAUGGCCAUCUACUGCCAGCUCCACUCGGGGCUGAGGACGUGGACCUGAAGGAUUAUCUUCCACUUGCCCAGUAUCAAAGCAAGCAUUGCCUGUUGAUAAAAGAAGCUGGCCGACGGUCUGCAGAUGAAACAACAGGAGAUAAAAUUAUCAACCAAUAUCUUGCCAAGCAGGAAAGGCGCCGUGAGUUUAUAUUGUUCAAAUUCUUCAUCAGUGGCGGGGUUGUGGACGAUGUGCAGGGAAGAUGCACCAUCGAGCAGUAUGAUCAAGUGAUGCCUUUGAGGCACAAGUACAUCUCCUUGGACGUCCCUGUUGGCCAUGGUGGACCGCGCUCUGCACCUUUGGUGGAUGGCUUGCUUGUAGCAGGCGUUGAUGCUGGUGGUUUCAGCAACCUUAGUUAUUCUGGAGACCUUGCUCUGGCCUUUGUGACUGGCCUUUGGGCCGUGCGGGAGGCUGCAAAACAAUUGCGGCUGCCUGUCCCUCGCCUUCCUCCUGCUCAUUCUCGUGAUGGAAAAGACAAACCAGUUCAAGGCCUUCUCUAG